AUGGCUUAUUAUCGUAUUGAUGACAUACAUCCUUCAUGGACUGCCUUUGUCAAUUCAAUAAGUUCUUCACAACUUCGAAAACACAAGUUGUUCGCUGAACAUCAAAAGAUUGCUAGAAAAGAUGUUGAACGAGCAUUUGGAGUUUUACAAGCUCGUUUUGUAUAUCUUCACUGCCCUUGUCUUAUGUGGGAUAAAGAUAUGAUGAUUUGGGUUGUGUUUUUCGGUUCUUCAGUGAUUCAAUGAGACCCAAACACCCCCGGACCCAUGUCCAUCUCUCUAACUACGGUCCCCCGAGACCCGAAUCUACCCACGGCCAUGUCUGCAAUCGAAGAACUCUCUAAUUAGGAGAGAUGAGCUCCAUCAGUGUUGUGGAAUGAAAUCAUUUUUUAAUAAAAAAAGCAACAAAGUGGAUUCUGAUGGCCAUGGGUCACCUGUUGUUCGUGAGAAGAAAGCUCGGCGGGGUUGUACACACGCAUCUAAAAUAUUCGUUUCUGUGGUUUUGUAAAUUAACUAUGAUAAUGUGCGAUUUUACCAAAUGAAUGUUACUUAAUGAUUUCAGAG